AUGAUCGUGCCCACGCGCUUCGGGCUCAAGUACGCGCCGAUCCCGACGCUGGCGCUCGAGUACGAGGACGAUCUCAAAGGCGUCGUGGAUGCAACGGGCCAGAGCUCUUCGUCCCUCUAUGUGUAUCGAGAUGGGGACAGUGCUCCAGUACCCACCCGGAAGCUGAAGCUGCAUGUGGUGGAGCUGCCGAUGCUCACGCGGACGUCGGAGACGCAGCAGAUCACGCGCCAACUGCAGCAGGACAACGGCCGCUUCUUGGCGCCAGGAAUCGUGAGCGAGACGCAGUUGAAGCGGCUGCUGGACCGACUGGUGGAGAACCUUCCGCCGGAUCAACCGACGAGCUUCGAAGCGGAAAGCGACGCCGAAGCUGAACGAGAGGAGGAUGCGAAGAGGACAAGGGCGUUGAGAAGCGAGUCGGAUGUGAGCGAGGAGGACGUUCAGUCCGAGGAGCUGGAGUACUUUUCAGAGGACGGCAGUGACGAGGACUCGUUCUAA